UCAGUCACGUGUGCGCCCGCCCCUCUUGGCUUUGCAGUCCCUGCAUUUCUUCGGCUGGUCCAUGCCUUUCAUCCUGUAGAAAUGCAGGUUGACGGGGAACCUCUUGCCACACUCCGAGCAAGCCACCUGGGUCUUGUCGCGGCGGCAAUUGUCGCGGCACGUGUUGCAGGACAAGUCCUUGCCCUGUCGCCGGAAGCUCAUGUACUUGUCUCGAUCGGUCACCUGCACGCACACACACACGCACACAAACAGACAGAGGGAGAGAGAGAGGAUAAGGACACAUUUCGCACCACUCCUCCCGUCAUCCGCCCACCACGAAGAUGCAUCCACAGAGCUCGCAGCAUAUCUGCAUGUCCGAUCCCGGUGUGCCGUCCAUGGCCAACACCUCGAUCAGCUCCUCCUCGCCAAUCGCCGUGUCAUCGAGGGCCGCUCGCAUGGCGGCCUCCAUCCGGGCGGCCGCCUCGGGGUCUGGGUGCACGAGGCCCAGCUUGCGACACACCUCAUUGCACCUGACAAGAGAAGCAAUCCAAAAUGAGUGGCACGUUGGAGGAACAGUGUCAUGUGGCCCUCCCACGUGUGUGUGGCGAAGAAGUGUUCCACGCCCUUCCUGCCGAGAUCUCCCUCGCCAAACAUAGCACCACGCUGAGAGAGAAGGAUGCGCGGGCAGCCGUGUGUGCGUGUGUGUGUGUGUGAGUUGGCUCACCUUGGAAUGAAUCUGAGGGUCGGUGUACACAUUGCCGACGCCUUGAAUGUCCACAGCGAUGAGGAAGCCGCCCGUCUCGUGGUGUGUCCAGUGGCUGAAGGAUGCAGCCAGCUCGGCGCCCGCCUCGUUGGACGCCCAUCCGCUGUUGUUGCUGAACUUCUUGUACUGACAGAUGACAAGGGAAGUGACAACGCGGUGGGGGCAUGCGACUGGGUGUGGUCGGUGUCAGCUCUGUGCGCGUCCGUACCUCUCCCUCGAUGUAUGGCUCGACCGUCAUCCAGCGUUCCGCGUCCGGCCGGUCAGGAAACUCGUACACGGCUGGCAAGCCAGAUGUGUGUGUCUCUGUGUGUGUGUAUGUGUAUGUAUGUCAUCGCUCCACGUACCGACGUCGAUGAACGAGACCAUGCGGUUGAUGCCCUUCUCGAGCGUCUGCAUGUUGAAUUUUUUGGCCAGCAGCUUGCACACGGCCUGCGUGCACAUGUCGGCUUUGGCGUAGGCCUCUAGGCGGCCGCCUUCGAGCACCUCCAGAGGCAGCUUCGCUACCUGCACACACACACAGCCAGACAGCCAGACAGCCAGACAGCCAGAUAGACACGCAACACAACACAACAAUAGUGUUUUCUGCGCUUCGUAUGCGUGUGUAUCCACCAACCCGUUUGAGGUCCAGGUCCAUGUCCCUGAUACGCGAGUGAGAGCAGAAUGGCGCAUUCAAGGGACUCACUAAUUCCCUAUUAAGCCUGCUCACUUGAGGUAGGACGCGUAUCGCAUGCCGCCCUUGUCGAAUGGGUGCUUGGAGAUGCGCACAGUGGUGUCCGACUUGGACGAGGAGAAUGAUCCGUUGACCUCCUCCCACUCGAGCACCGAAAGAGCCUUGUCGCCACCCCGGAAAUGGUACGUGUGACGCACAGCGCGCUCGACCUGGCGCCGGAAAAUCAAAUCAGGCAGGGUCGGUGUGCGUGGGAUGCAUCCCUCUCACCUACCCGAUCGCCAAGUCUGUCCCAGUUUGGCGGCUUCUUCUCGACCUCGAGAUUGCGCAUCUCCUCCUCUUCAUCCUCCUCUGCAAUCGCGCCGAGACCACCUGGAUCACACGGACAGACGCUGUGCCUGUGCGUGCACACACGGCCUGCGUACCGAUGAGUUUGCCCCCGACAGCGAGGGGCAGUGCCUUCAUGGACGCCUUAUCGCUGCGACUCAUGCGCUUGAAGGUCGAAGUCACACUGUCCUUCAACUGCACAACAGAUUGAGACAGAUGAGCAUUUAUUGUGUGCCUGUGUCCUUCCUUUGUGUCUGUACCAUUCGCGAGACGUUGGGUUGGAAAGCCGUGUAGUCGCCUCCGAGCUCCACCACAUUCAACUUGAAGGGCAUGCCAGCGCCUUCGUAGUGCUCGCGAAGCACGCCGAGGAACUUGUCAGUGGAGUUGUUGAUCUUGAUGAAGCCGUACUGGAUGCCGUGCUCGCGAAACGACGCCGCGAGGGUCUCAAUCUUGGUGUCAUCCGGGUGCCCAUGUGGGAAGCUAAAGCGCACAGUGCAGUCAGGUCCACGCUGUGUGGGUGUGGGUGUAGGUGUGUGUGUGCGUGUGGCUGUGUCUAACUUGUCGCACGAGGCGCCGUAGUUGUGGUAGGCAACACCGUGUGGUGGGGCGUCACCGACAUGAAUCACCAAACGCGUCAUGGACGACCAAUCGAGGCCCAGAGCCGCACUCAUCGCGCCAGCAACAUCCUCUGGCUCUGCACCGUCAUAACGCAGGUCAGAUGCACCCCGUUCUGGCACCACCCCUUCAGCCUGCCUACCGUCAGGGGCAUCCCCUGUAAUCGCUCCUUGUCGUUUUAUGUGUGCCUGCACGCUGGCAAUGUCGGAUGUGAAUGGCGCGAUGGACAGCCGCUCGACGCGCAUGACGCCAUCGUUGUAGUCACGAUAUCCGACGAAGGCCGCACGGUAGGCCAGCGCGGGAAACUUUUCCUUGACGUCGCCGAUGAUAAAGCACAACGCACGCGCAGCCUGCACGCAUCAACAAUACCACCCGUCAGAUGCGCUGUGUGCCGGUUAUUCCUUGUACAUGUAGCUACCUCAGCGAUCCACGACUCCAUCGACGCCGUGCAGUCCAUCAUGGCCACCAGGUCCACCGACGUCGACUGCCUGACCACUCCUCGAAUACCAGAGGCGAUGUCCGUUCGAGAUUCGGUCCUCAAUCUCUCCUCCAGCUCCCGGAUGCGGUCAUCCUUGGCCUCCUCGCGGUAGGCCGCACGGUAGGCCGCGCGGUUGGCCUCUUCGAGCUCCCUGAUGCGAGCUGCUUGACGCCGACGCUCCUCCUCCUCCUGGCGAGCCUUGGUUGCCUUCUUGGUCUCCAGAUCUGCCUGGAGCUUCUUGAUCAGGGCGUCCUUGGCGUCUUCCUCCUCCCGGCGAGCCUUGGUUGCCUUCUUGGUCUCCAGAUCUGCCUGGAGCUUCUUGAUCAGGGCGUCCUUGGCGCUCCCGGCGAGCCUUGGUUGCCUUCUUGGUCUCCAGAUCUGCCUGGAGCUUCUUGAUCAGGGCGUCCUUGGCGUCUUCCUCCUCCCGGCGAGCCUUGGUUGCCUUCUUGGUCUCCAGGUCUGCCUGGAGCUGCUUGAUCAGAGCGUCCCUGUCGUCCGCCAU